AUGACUCUCCGAUGCGGGCUGCUCCUCGUGCGGUCCAAGAUCACGGACGCGGCGCUCACGCCUGUGGUGUUCCGGCAGUGGUACGAGCAGGUGCACAUCCCGCACCUGCUGGGUACGGGCAAGAUCCCCGCGAGCGCCCGCUACACGCUCUCCUCUUCGUCGCCGCCGCCAGAGGACGGACAGGAGCCGACGCGCCCGUACCUCGCCGUCUACCCGGUCACCGACCUUGACUGGCUCAAGACCCCUGACUGUUCCUUCUUCAAGAUCCCGCUGCACGACGAACUGCUGCCGAAUGCGAGCAAGUUCGUCUACGACGUGGCCGCCUUCGACGCGCGCUUCUUUGAGCGUGUUGUUGGCGUCGAGAGCAGGGUCGUGAGAGGCCCGGCGAAGCAUCUGAUCAUAGUGUUGAUUAGCUUGGAGGCUGCGGGGCAGCAGGAGCCGGAGUCGCUGCUGCACGCCUCGCUUCCGGUCGGCGAGCCGGACCGGUCGACGCUGUUCAAGUUCGAAUUCGCGCCGGGAGCCAAGGAAGGCUCGGCGGAGAAGCUUGCCGGAUACGUGGCGGUUCACGAGUUCACGAUGCUCCCAGGUGGUGUCACGGGUGCGAAGCAGGCAGGCUUUGAGUCCGCCACGUACAACUUCCUGAGCAGUUUUGGAGACAUUGAAAUAAAGAUUUAG